GCGCGCCCCCGUGAGUGUACGUCGGCGGUUUCCUCCAUGCUCGCGUCCCGGAGCUCCCUCCCCUUGUGUGUCCGCCAGGGGGCAGCUGUGUCUCGGUCUGAGGCUGCGCCGCUCCCGCUGCAUCACAGAGAGGAAAAUACCACCAGAUGGCGGUUUAGGAUUGCUGCUCUUUUCUCUCGAGGCGCGGUUCCGCUCGGCACUCGCCAAAUUUUACAAUAUUAAAACACGCACGGUAUCAAAAACUAAAAUCGAUUUAUCAGUUCGGAGGGCGGUAAUCGAUUCGGGGGAUGGUCGUUGGAGGAGCUGAAGAGAGUUAAGAGCCCGCAAGUCGAGUGCAGUCCGUCCUGGAGCCUCUCCUCGCUGCACCCUCCCCUCCUCCCAACCGAAACCGGUCUCCUGCGCCUCCAAUCUUUUGGACCUGAAACACACUCAGUCCUGAAGACACACAUAAGACAGAGUUACACACCCCAUCAUCGCCGCCGCCGCCGCCACCACCCACACUAACCAGGAUGAUCACCUCGGAGCUCCCCGUCCUGCAGGACUCGUCCAAUGAGUCUGGGGCGACGGACGCCGUGGGUUUAAGUAUGAGCAUGAGCGAGAUGGAAGAUCCAGAGGUGAAAGGCAAGAAGAAGAGAGGGAGGCCUGGAAAACAACCUCCGGCGUCCAAUAAGAAGCCUCGGAAGUCACCGACGGACAAGUCUGUGGGCAUAGCAAGAGGGCGAGGGAAGGCCAACGGCGUGGCUCAACAUAAUGGAGACGGCGGAGACCCCGUCACUCUGUUUGAAGUGGUCAAACUGGGCAAGAGUGCCAUGCAGUCUGUGGUGGACGAGUGGAUCGAGUCGUACAAACAGGACAGAGACUUGGCGUUGCUGGACCUCAUUAAUUUUUUCAUCCAGUGCUCGGGGUGCAAAGGCACGGUGAGAAUCGAGAUGUUCAGGAACAUGCAGAACGCGGAGAUCAUCCGCAAGAUGACCGAAGAGUUUGACGAGGACAGCGGGGAUUAUCCUCUCACCAUGCCGGGCCCCAUGUGGAAGAAGUUCCGCUACAACUUCUGCGAGUUCAUCAGCGUCCUGAUCCGACAGUGUCAGUACAGCAUCAUCUACGACGAGUACAUGAUGGACACGGUGAUCUCCCUCCUCACCGGGCUGUCCGACUCCCAAGUGCGAGCCUUCAGACACACCUCCACGUUAGCAGCGAUGAAGCUGAUGACGGCGCUGGUGAACGUGGCGCUGAACCUGAGCAUUCACCAGGACAACACCCAGAGACAGUACGAGGCCGAGAGGAACAAGAUCGCCGGCAAACGGGCCAACGAGAAGCUGGAACUGCUGCUACAGAAGAGGAAGGAGCUUCAGGAAAACCAAGACGAAAUCGAGAAUAUGAUGAACUCCAUCUUCAAGGGAAUCUUUGUGCAUCGCUACAGGGAUGCCAUCGCUGAAAUCCGAGCCAUCUGCAUCGAGGAGAUCGGAGUGUGGAUGAAGAUGUACAGCGACGCUUUUCUUAACGACAGUUACCUGAAAUAUGUUGGCUGGACACUACACGACAGGCAAGGAGAAGUGCGUCUGAAGUGCCUGAAAGCUCUGCAGAACCUGUACACGAACCGAGAGCUGUUCCCCAAGUUAGAGCUUUUCACCAACCGCUUUAAGGACCGCAUAGUAUCUAUGACACUGGAUAAGGAGUACGACGUGGCUGUGGAGGCCAUCAGACUGGUCACACUCAUCCUGCAGGGCAGUGAAGACGCCCUGUCCAAUGAGGACUGCGAGAACGUGUACCACCUGGUUUACUCCGCCCACCGGCCAGUCGCAGUCGCCGCCGGGGAGUUCCUGCACAGGAAGUUGUUCAGUCGUCAUGACCCACAGGCAGAAGAAGCGCUGGCUAAGCGCAGGGGGAGGAGCAGCCCCAACGGAAACCUCAUCCGCAUGUUGGUGCUCUUCUUCCUGGAGAGCGAGCUCCACGAACAUGCAGCCUACCUGGUGGACUCGCUGUGGGAAAGCUCUCAGGAGCUGCUGAAAGACUGGGAGUGUAUGACUGAACUUCUGCUGGAGGAGCCUGUACAGGGAGAGGAGGUGUUGUCAGACAGACAGGAGAGCGCUCUCAUAGAGCUGAUGGUGUGCACCAUCCGGCAGGCAGCGGAGGCGCACCCUCCUGUCGGCAGAGGCACCGGCAAACGGGUGCUGACAGCGAAGGAGAGGAAGACCCAGAUAGACGACAAGAACAAACUGACAGAGCACUUCAUCAUGGCUCUGCCCAUGCUUCUGUCCAAGUACCAGGCGGACUCGGAGAAGGUAGCCAACCUGCUGCAGAUCCCUCAGUUCUUUGACCUGGACGUGUACAGUGCCGGGCGCAUGGAGAAGCACCUGGACGCCUUGCUGAAGCAGAUCCGGCUGGUGGUGGAGAAGCACAUCGAGAUAGACGUGCUGGAGGCCUGCAGCAAGACCUACAGCAUCCUCUGCUCGGAGGAGUACACCAUCAUGAACCGCGUGGACAUCGCCCGCUCGCAGCUCAUCGACGAGAUGACGGAUCGCUUUGCGCAUUCUGUCGAGGAGCUGCUGCAGGAGGCCGAGGAGGCCGAUGACGACGAUAUCUACAACGUUUUAUCUACUCUCAAGAGACUCACAGCCUUCCACAAUGCCCACGACUUGACGCGGUGGGAUUUAUUCGGGAGCUGCUACCGGCUGCUGAAGGCGGGCAUCGAGCAGGGCUCCAUGCCGGAGCAGAUAGCCGUCCAGGCCCUGCAGUGCUCCCACUACUCCAUCCUCUGGCAGCUGGUCAAGAUCACAGAGGGGGCUCCCAGCAAGGACGACCUGUUGGCUCUCAGGAGAGUGGUGAAGUCUUUCCUGGCUGUGUGCCAGCAGUGCCUGUCCAACGUCAACACACCGGUCAAAGAACAGGCGUUCAUGCUUCUCUGCGACCUGCUGAUGAUCUUCAGUCACCAGCUGACGUCCGGCGGCAGGGAGGGCCUCCAGCCGCUGGUCUUCAACCCAGACAGCACUCUGCAGAACGAGCUGCUCAACUUCGUCCUGGACCACGUCUUCAUCGACCAGGACGACGAGAGUCAGAGCAUGGAGGGAGACGAGGAGGACGAGGCCAACAAGAUCGAGGCUCUCCACAAAAGGAGAAACCUGCUCGCGGCUUUCUGCAAACUCAUCAUCUACGACAUCGUGGACAUGCCUGCCGCAGCCGACAUCUUCAAACACUACAUGAAGUAUUACAACGAUUACGGCGACAUCAUCAAGGAGACGCUGAGUAAAACCAGACAGACCGACAAGAUCCUCUGUGCCAAGACGCUCAUCCUCAGUCUGCAGCAGCUGUUCAACGAGCUCCUGCAGGACCAGGGACCCAACCUGGACCGAACGUCAUCUCACGUCAGCGGCAUCAAGGAGCUGGCCCGCCGCUUCGCCCUCACCUUCGGCCUGGAUCAGAUCAAGACCAGAGAGGCCGUCGCAACGCUGCACAAGGAUGGAAUAGAGUUUGCAUUUAAGUACCAGAACACUCGAGGACCAGAGUUUCCUCCCAUCAACCUCGCCUUCCUGGAGGUUCUGAGUGAAUUCUCCUCCAAACUAAUCCGCCAAGACAAAAAAACGGUCCACUCGUACCUGGAGAAGUUCAUGUCAGAGUCGAUGUCGGAGCGCCGGGAGGACGUCUGGCUGCCGCUGAUCUCCUACAGGAACAGCCUGCUGACGGGAGGAGACGAGGACCACAUGUCUGUCACGUCGGGCUCCAGCAGCAAGGCCGGCUCGGUCCGCAGCAAGAAGGGACGGCCGCCGGUACACAAGAAACGCAUAGAGGAGGAGAGCAGCGUCGAGGGCUCGUGGAUGUUGCGUAAUGACACUCUUCAGACACCGGGAGCGCUGCAGACCCCUCAGCUCACCUCGACAGUCCUCAGAGAGAACAGACCGGCAGAACACAUGCCCGACCCGGACUCAGAACCCGGAUCAGAGAACGACUUCGUACACAACCCUCAGAUGCAGAUGUCGUGGCUCGGACAACAGAAGAUGGAGGAGGUGAACAGGAAGGACCGGACGGGCAUGAACUACAUCAAGUCGCGCAGCAAUCAGGGUGUCCGGCAGACUGUGCGUGGGUUGAUGGAAGAUGACGCAGAACCCAUCUUUGAGGACGUGAUGAUGUCAUCGCGGGGCCAGCUGGAGGACAUGAACGAGGAGUUUGAAGACACUAUGGUGAUCGACCUCCCGCCAUCGAGGAAUAGACGCGAAAGAGCGGAAUUAAGACCGGACUUCUUCGACUCCGCAGCGAUGAUCGAGGACGAGUCGGGUUUCACCAUGCCCAUGUUCUGAUCUGGGACGAGGCAAAAGAUCAGGAACAACUUCAGGAGUAAACACAAGGGGGGAGGGAGGGGAGGGAGGGGGUGUUUGGGGAGUCUAAACCCACAUAACCUGCCAAUCAAACUCUUAAGAAGAAGAAGAAGAAGAAGAAGAAAAAAAAACAUUGUUGAAGUACUUUUCUUUCUAUAAGACACGACGGACGGACGGACGGAUGGAUGGAUGGAAGGAAGUUUGGAUCUCACCUGGGGAAAAAAGCGUGAAGCGAGGAUCGGUUCUGUCCUUUCAGGCGGGCCGAAGGAUCCAGAAUAUUCUCCAGAAUCUUGUCCGGAGCUCCGUCUCGCUCCUUCCUCCUCCUUCUUUUUUUCCCAGCCCGUUGGGCUUAGCUCUUGUUAGCGGUGAUGGCGACCCGGCUGCCGUCACAGUUUUCACCUCCCCCCUCCUCCUCUCUCUCUGUUACACAGAUGUACAGUCGUUUGGUUCCGAUCAGCAGCACAGAGCGGCGUGACUCUCUGUACAGCCUCCCCCACCCCCCAAACUCUUCUUUCGGUGUCGCACUUCGAUCCACGUGGUCAAAUCCAACAUAGAGAGGAUCUCAAUACUAAAUGUUCUAUAUCUUUGCUCUUAUUACCACCCACUCCCCUUCCCUCCUCUCUCUCUCUCUCUCUCUCUUUCUCUCUCUCUCUGUUUGCCAUCUGAGUCCU